GAGCACCCAGCGUCACUUCCAGCGCUGCAUCCAAAACGAGGAGAUCGAUAGUCAUCACCUGAAGUAGCUCCAGGCACGUCGGACAGGUGUAAGAGGAACCAGCUCUCAGCCAUCUCUCCCCGUGUACCCACACUCCAUAAUGAGGGUAGUAUUGUGCUUGAUCAUCUCCUGCUGCCUUGGCUCAGUUUCCGCACUCUUCGACUGUGCGCGAGAGACCGGGGCGUGUAUGAAUGGAGGCACGUGCGAUAUGGCUGCUGGAACCUGCUCGUGCGACGCACUCCAUACAGGCUACGACUGUUCUGUUGUAAUUGCUGAUGAAAGUCACGCUGACUGCACGCCAACCAACCCUUGCCAGAAUGGAGGAAUCUGUCACAAAUCCGCAACUGCAAGUGCUGCCUUGUGCCUCUGUACCCCCGAAUACGCAGGGGCAACCUGUACCGACAUGCGGUACACCCUGACGUGUGACACCGCUGCGAAUCCAAACACAAUGAAGAUGACGGUAAUGCCGCAUGUAUCAACGUUCUCUGGGAAGGUUUAUCUCAAGGGGAAGGAAGGGACAUGCGACUUUACAGAAACAUCAGCUGGAUCAGGAACUUACGAGAGCGCUGUUUUAGCAGUUAAUGACGCAUCCUGCGGUGCAACAACAUCGGGGACGAAUAAUGUCCAAGAAGUCAUCAUCCAGUUCGGAACGGACACUCUAACAACCAAUGAUGAGCUGAUCACUUUCACCUGUGGCACCAGUGAUGUGGUAGCGCAGACCUCAGGAGCGAUCACCAUCCAGAAUGUGGAAAGCAACCUAGGUACGAAGGAUGUCAGUAACGUUCCCGUGGACGCUGACGUCGAUCUGAUCUUGGAGUCUGGUGGGAGUACCGCCAGCGGUGCGACUCUUGACCUUGGCGCAGACAUCGUUUUAACGGCCUCCCUGACAGUUGCCGGCACCGCCAAGUUCAAGGCUCUACGACUGACGAGGUGCUAUGCCGCUAAUGCAGCUGCUUCCAGCGCAGCAGGAUAUAAGUCGAAAGACUUCAUUACAACCAGCUGCCCAUCUCCAGACUUGAAGAGCGUCAUGCUGACAGAUGUCACAGGUACCGCCACUAGUAAAACGUUCACUUUCGACGCCUUCAAGUUUACUGGCUCCAAUGAUAUCUUUGUGACCUGUGACAUCAAGCCAUGUAUCGUGGCUACAGACUGUGAUCCCUUGACUUGCGGAUCUGCUAGACGGAAGCGAGAAGCUGGAGCUAGCCCGGAGAAGGUCCUGCAGAGAUCAUUCAACAUCAACGAUCCCCUCAGUCUCGCUACCGCCGCUGCAACUCUGAAUAAGUUCAAGGAGGACAAGGCCUGCUACUUGACCUGGGAGAUGACCGCCACAGUCGUGGCUCUGUCGGUGGCGCUUCUACUGCUCCUCAUCCUCUGCAUCGUCCUGGUGGUCAAGGCCAUCCUCAACCGCAGGACAGACACCACAGUCUGCCGCGACGACACCAGCGACACCACCUCCACCGCCCACCUGCCGCACCUCCCGACUCUUGUCAGCAACAAGUGUUAAAGUAGCAAGGAAACGAUAUGGGAAACAUGCCUUCACUGUACGAAGUUUAUACUUAAAGUUUUGUUUAGAACCAUGAGAUAAGGGUCAUUAUACACGUAUAAAAGUAAAACCCCGGGGUCUCUUAAAACAAUGCAAACGUCAAAUAACACCACAGUCAAAGGCUAACUAGUCACCUACUUACGUCACCUUUUUCUAAAAAAUAGUAGUCACCAAUUUAAUACUAUACUUCGAAUGAGUUGUACUAGUAUUUUGUGUCGUCAAAAACAUAAACCGUGUGAAAAGAACGCCUUGGAAAGUAAACGCCUAACAUGUUUGGUAAAAUGAACUCAUAUGUUCUUGUCGUGAAAUUGAGCCUUGAGUCAGUCACCAGCAAUGACUACUGAGAAGAUGAAUGUUGCACUACCUUGAGUAAUGUAUAUAUCAAAUGUUUUCCCUAUGUAAGGCUUCGUCGGGGUUUUCAUACAUUGCCUGCAACCAGUGUACUGUGAUAUGUGUUGUGUUGUUAGUUGUUGGCGUCGGUGUCUCUGUCUAUGUAACGACGAAAAUACACAUUUUCAGAUAACACCGUGUUUAAGGGUUGGGGUACGACAAGGUUGUUUCUUGUCAGUAUUUGUUUCGCAUGGAUUGCAUGUAUUCUAGGGUUGUCUUCAGAGACCAUCAACGCCCUUGGUGUAUUAUAAAAUAUCGUUUGAAUGAUGUACCAAAAGAGCAGUUUAUAUACAUAAUAACGUAAACGGUUACAACAAAAAUUGGUAUUUUUAAAACUUAAAUCAACAAAUUAUAUCUGCAAUUCGUCUGAUUCUUUAGUUAAUAAAAUUAAAAAAAUUACA